AGUGGAUAGUAGGGUCAGUUUCACCCGCUGUAACUUUUUUCGGACUGAACAGUCAGAGGAACACCGGCGGACGAAGGGGUUCACUGAGUCUUGAAACCUUGAAAAUCCAGACGAAAUUACAUGCACUUGGACGCGUUUCCGCUGUCGGUGCCAUACAAGGGAAAUUGGCAAACGUAUGAGAGUCUGGAAACGCGUGCGAGUGCGUCGGACACACAUUCAAACAGUUCGCUGCAGUUUUUUUACGGGUAUAUGGUGAACCUAUGCAGGGCCUGUUUACAAUGGGUGUGUGUAGCACACAUGUACGCAGCGGCCGAAACGGACUUUCCACGUGAGCAGGCAUACCUAACAUGCCGCUGAGAGGAAACUGCCACUGAAAACGAAACUCGGGCUCGGCUUCCUCUGUCAAGGUUAACAGAAAUACCGGCGACUGUGGCAUGUGGUCGCACGGCGUAGUCUGCGAGCACGCCGAGCAAGGGCCUUGGCACUCGGGGGCUAAGAAGUCGCACUUUGCAAUGACACAGAUGGCACCAGUGUGUUUCAACGCUUUAUUCCGAGUUUCUCAAGAAAGGUACGUGCAGGUAGUUCCGCUAUGUUGCGCUGAGAAUAUUCCCUCCUGGGAAACUGAGCCUUUGCGACCGGUCACCGAGCGACGACACAGCGGCAACGGCGAUGCCACUGAGGCACGGAAGAGAGCUCGGCGCGCCCGGAGAGUACCGAAGGGAAAACGACCUCUUUCGCGAAACUUGUCGGGAAAAAGGCUUGGUUUGACGCAGCUCUCACUCGGGAAAGGCUGCCAGGACUGCGUGGCACACGGCAGCACGAAAGAUACCUGAGGAGAUUCGGGGCCUUCAUGCUAUGACACCAGUUCCUCUUAAAUAAACUGGUAUGACUUCCUGUUCUCGGCCUCCGUUAGUUCCCACCCAUACGUCCGCUGUGUAAGUCAGUAGGACCCCGCUGCCCUCGUCGAGGGCAAA